AUGAGCUCCGCAGGAUCUACUUCCAUAAUACCUUCAGCUUCUGGCUCCGCAUACCUCGAGAUACCUUCCUCCUCCUCGCCCACAAGCUCGACCCUUGUUUCACCGACGUCCACUCUCAAGAUCACAGCCUCUGUACAAGGCCCCAAACCACUGCCCCGCAGUGCGCCGUUCAGUCCAUCGCUUCUCCUCACCACCACCGUCAAGUUUGCGCCGUUCGCGACACGACACCGAAGAGGCUACAUUAGGGACUCUACGGAGCGAGACCUGGGCGUACAUCUUGAGAGCGCGCUACGAGGUGUGAUUAUAGGCGAGCGCUGGCCUAAGAGUGGAGUUGAGGUUGUAGUCACUAUUCUCGAAGGUGACGAGGACGGAUGGUGGGGCGAUUCCGACACUGAAAGCAGCGCAAGUGGUAGCGGAUGGGGACUACUGAACGUGCUUGCUGGCUGCAUCACCGUGGCUAGCGCAGCCAUCACUGACGCUGGCAUUGACUGUGUGGAUGUGGUGACUGGUGGCGUUGCAGCCAUUGCGCGCAACCCUGAUUCAAAAGAGCAGCAAGAAUUGACCAGAUUAUUGGACCCUUGUCCUGCAGAGCACAAAGAGGUGGUCGCAGCCUGCGCGGUCGCAUAUCUUGCAUCAAGAGACGAGAUCACAGAGAUGUGGAUAAAGGGAGACGUUGGAACAGAGCCCGAUGUUUUGGUUGAGGGAGCUACGCAUGCAGCUGUAGGCAGUCUAGCUGUGGUCAAGGAAGUUCUGCUCGAAGCUUUGCAAGCCAAGUUUCAGGGUCAGCUCGAAGGCAUAGACGGUGGUCUCAAGAGAAAGGCAGGAGAUGUGGAUAUGACUGGAUGA